GGACUUCUUGCGGGCUUCUUCACGCGGUAUCAUCACGGGAGUCACACUUUCUAUGUUGGAACAGCCAUAUUCAGGGACGCAGUCGAAGGAACAAUGAGCCAAUAAUGAUAUGAGAAUUCAGUCCCGUUCCGCCAUGGCUCCGACGACGUCACACCUCCCUAUGGCUGCUCCGUCCUCCCUCCCUCCCAAGGUCGCUGGUCAAGUAACCUUCUAUUUGCAUGUUGCGUUCUCUCAACUGUCAUGGACGUACUCUGCCGCACCUGCAGGCGGAAAAGGUCCGGCCUCUGUUCUCCUAUUGUGGUGGGGGGAAGAAGGGGCGGGAACUCUCUUCACCCCUUCGAUAACUGGCGCAGUGGAGCAACCUACGGCCCAGACUUCUACGAAACCCCGACCGACGGCUGCAUCACUUCUUCCGGUGCCACUGCGACGAGCAUCCACCUGGUCGAGCGCCCCAACGAGUGAAUUCCCCGCCGGGAAAGGCUUAGGAAAACCUGGGACAUCCAUCAACAUCCCCGGCACGCAGAAAAUCACGCGCCGCCAGUAUCCGAUAAGAUGCCGCAAAUCCCAGCUCGACGCGUACUUCAGAGACAUGGGGCCACUUACCCUUCAGGUGCUGGUGAACUCCACCGUUUGUGGUGAGGUUACGGUUGAUAAUCUGCGGAAACUGACGGCGGAACCAUCCGACAGCAUAAGUGGACUUUAUCCGAUCCUUGAGGCGGUACCAGCGAACGGAAGGAGCAGCAUCCGGGGCAAAAGCGGAAAGCGGAAGAAAUUGGGCGAGGUGCACAUAUCGAUGCACUUGAAACCACCAGGGACUGGUAUAUUAGGUGCAGUUCCACCAGGGAAAGCGUCAAAGCCAAAGAUGAAGAAUGUGGCGGAGAUAUCCGAUCCAAAAGCAGGGAAGAAUGACGCGUUGGGAAGUCCGGUUGGAGCUGGAAUUGCGCGUGCGGAUCCUCGGACGGGGAGACAGCCGGAGGAAAAGCGUCAGAAACAGUCAGAGGUCACGGAAAGUAGGCCGAUUCCUGCGUCGCCUCGGGCGCCGGAAAGCGAGCACCGCAGGCACACGAAUAAGAACGCCGAGGAAGCGUCCACUACUGCGAGCCAUGCUUCCCAUUCCGCCUCUGCCAGUGAAGGCGGAGCCGACGCCUCGGAUCUUGCCGCCAGAGACAAAGCAGGCGAGCAGCCGUCGUAUGUUGGAGCAUCGGAGUCGGAGCAGAACGAGCAAUCCUGUAGUGCUGGUUACGACACAAAGGAAGACAUUGACGUACACUUGGCUGCUACCAUGCGUGAGAUCCAAGAGCUGGCAGGAGACUUUCAGGCGUCUCGCGAUCUCGGGAACCUGUCCAGCUCUCCAGAGUCAAACUCAGAUAUCUUGGGAGAUGAUAUUCUCAUCGAAGCGCUGAACUCGGAAGCGGGCAAGACUCUCAUCGGCCAGGGCAAAGUACGCCAUCCAUCUGGGUAUGACAACUAUGUUGCUUCGGAUGACGGCAGCGAGGACGAGAGGACGGAUGGAGGCCGGGAUGGAGAUGAUGAUGAAGAUGAUGAUGGUGCACAGUCAUACGAAGAUCGCGACGACUUGAGCAUCGACGAGCGGAAGCGAAGAGCCAUUCUUCCUCGCUAUCCAACAAGAGCGCAAGUAGACACAGAAGCGAAACCCGGUAAUCGCAAAUUGUCAAUGGAGCGACUCACCUCGCUUGGCCGAGUAACCUCCAUCUGCAUAACUGCUCAUAAUCUCGAGCUGCAACCAGAAAGCGUUCCGCAUUCCGCCACAGGAUUGUUCUUGGACAUCACUAUCCCAUGGGGACCGGGCAGAGGGACUGAGCGGAUCACCAUGCCCUCUAAGAGCCUUCCGCGUCUCACUGCGUCACGCAAUGCCAGUCGCCGCCCUGUCGGAGCUCCGCCGGAAAACUCCAAAUGGAUCGCUGCUUUUGAGCGGGAGCAGGUGUUCCCCUGCACCUUCGACGCGUCUCUGGUCAAGUCGUGGGUGGGGAACGAUAUCGAGUUUCAAAUUACCGCUAACCAGAUCCCGGUAUCCAAACUCGGUUCGCGGACCACCCUAGCUGCGCGACAAAGAACAGCAGCGCAGCCUUCGUGGUCGAUAGGGGGCACGUUACCCUGUAGGAAUGUGCUCUUCAAUGAGGGGCUCAUAUUGAAAGGGAAAGUACCGCUGUCGUCCAAACGAGGAGGCCCACGAAACGCCGAGAGACAAAGCAACAUUGGGGAACUACAUGUCACCGUUGAGUUGCAAUACGCAGCCCCCAGCUCAGUCACGGAGCAAUCAUCUACCCACCCAUGGACAGCGCCACCAUUGAACGCUCCCACAGAGGAAAGGAAAGCGAAAGCGUCGGAUUUGCGUUCCGGCACAGAACCCUUCCGCGCCCCACCCGUUCCGCAUUAUCUGUAUCUGAACAUCUCCACCGCUCGAGCUUUGUCAAUCAUGCCAACGCUCAAUGCCAGCACAGUACAACUCUUCCUCAUCGUGCGGUUUUUCUCCUCGUCUAGCCCACCGAUCGAAACCGCCCCUAUCUCCUACAAGCCACCGUUCGAUCUACAAACCGGGAAACUGAACCCUCCUUCGGAGUUUGGCUUUCACUACACAGUUCCGUUGGCGAUCACGGAACAAUUUGUCAGAACGCACAGCGAGACACCUCUGAUCGCGGAGGUAUGGAUGGUGGAUGCAGAAAGUGCCGUUACGGCUCCCACGCUGCCUACCACCAAGGAAAGGGGCAAUAGCACGCUAGUUGAUCGGGGCGCAAAACUGCUGGGACUGGUCAAACUACCGUUCUCGCAAGUACUCAAAACGCUCGUUGAGGCGUAUAGAUACCCAGCUGCAAGCUACGAGGAGCUUCCUGUUAUGGUGCCGAACGCCGAGUAUGCCAUUCUGGACCCUUUUUCUGGCAAUGCGAAGGGAUGGGUGACUGCUUCUCUCGCUCUGGGGACCUGGGGUCAGGUUAAGAAGAUUAGGCCACCGGACCACAAGCCGGCGGAGGCGGACCGCGAGACUGAACGUGGCAAAUCCGCUGAGGCUUCGGGCAGAGAUGAAAAGACAAAGCGGCGUCAUGUGAAUCGCCAUCAUGAAGGAGAUCAGGCCGUGGGGAGCAGGAAGGCACCUCGGGAACGGCGGAAAUCCAAGGAAGGUGGAUCGGACUGCCAGAUGCUGAUCACCAUACACCGAGCAUGUGGAUUACGAGGCUUGAUUAGCGCGCUACUGCGGCACCGCACGAACACGCACCAAUCAAGCUCAGAACGCGAUCAGUACACGCCUUUACAUUUCGCAGAGGAAGUCGGCGUGAAUGCCUUUGUUCGGCUGCAAAUGUUUUCGCAGAGAAUAUCACAUGUUCGCCAAUCCUCGAUUUCGAGCGAGACAGCCCAAGAAGACUUCACUGAAGACGACGUCUGUGUGGAAACGCCGAUCAUUGCGCAUACAUAUACCCCAGACUGGGAGUUCUCGGCCGAAUUGACUGUCAGGGGUCUCGACGAUGACCUGAUCAGAUGGAUGCGGCAAGGAGGCGAGGCCAGGGGGGAGAUCUGGCACAAAGUACCACGCGACGAGGGCGAUGCAACAUUCAGCGAGGACGUCCUUCUGGGGACCUUUGGCGUGCCAUUGCGAGAGUGUUUGUUGAAAUCCCACGGAGUCGACAAGGCUUGGUUGACUGUUGUAGGGCAUGACGAUGCGGAGGCGGCGAUCAGGGUUUCCGCGCGAUUUGCGCCGGGAUUUGAUCUGCCGCUGGGACUGGGGCAAGGAUAUAUUCUGAGAGCGGGGGAGCAUUGGUGGUGCCAAAUGCAAAUCACCGCUAGACGAGUCAAGGUGGCUACGCAGAGACCCAAGGCGGCCGGGACACAUCUCACGAACCCAUCUCCUUUCGCUGUCGAGGAUAUGCACAUCUACGUCAGAUGGCAUCGUGUACGCCAACCCGUCAGUGAUGUAGAUGUCAGCGAAGAGUUCACAACAGAAUCGUCGAGGCCAGUUCCAGCACGGCGAAGCUAUGGAGAUCAAACGCUGGUCGCCGAUUUGGACUACUCUUUCGAAGAGGAGUUCGAAAUCACGUCCUCUGUGUACAAAGCGAUGGCCGAAGAAAGACUUGCGUUCGAGAUUAUGCAACGCGGAUCAGAGGGGAAGGAUGACACUCUCCUCGGAACGGCUUAUGUAGAUCUUUCGGAGUUAUACGGGAGGAUGCGAAUAACACACUCCAAAGGCAAAGGGUCUCCCUCCAGACGUCAGCACCAAAAGUCGUCGAUCAUCGAUGGAACCUUUCAAGUGAUACACCCGAGUGUACCGGAUCUGUUGGGGUCAUCGAUCGAGUUGCGUAUCGGUCUUACUCGUAGCGAAGAGCCUCUGAAAGGAACGAAUGCGAAACCCGACGUAGAAGCAUCAGAAGAGCUGCAGACAAAGGACUUGCCAGUCCGAACGAUACCAACUGUAACGAUACCAAUUGUCCCAACCCUACCGCCUGAGAUUUCUGUGCCACCCAUACCCAUCGACGUCAUUGUCGAAAAAGCAAUGCAGCUUCCGCUCAUGGCGGACCCAGUAUGCACAUACCUUCCGUCGCCGUUUGUUCCGCAGGAUCAGCAGCAGUUGGCACCACCAAAUACAUUCGUCACCUUCAAUUGGGCUGGAACACCCGAUACAGAUGUGAGAACACCGGUCGUUCCAGCGCAGCGCUCUCCAACUUGGAACUUCACUGCGACAGUUGCUCAGGAAAGAACUGAGGCCGCGUUACGGCAACUCAAGGCAGAGAAAUCCAUUACGUUCCAGGUGUGGCAUGCUCCUAGUUAUGGCAUUGGACGCAAGCCGGCCCCAGAUCUGAUUGCAACCAACGUGGUAUCCGACGACCAGCGGACAGAGCUGCUUGGAUCGGCCGUGGUGGAAUUGGGCGGUCUGUUUGGCGGAUUCAAGGAGAUACAUGGCUGGUAUCAUGUGCUGGACGAUCGAAAGUUGUCGAAGGGUCAACUCCUCAUCCGUGUGCGGCCAGCCGAGAACGUGGCGGCCAUCUUGCGGGAAAUGACAGGCGCACUGGAGUAUAAAGGCCACGGGUCGAAAGGAUCAUCCUGUGGUCGCCGAACGUUGGAGGAUGCAUGCGCAGACAUGCCAGCGGUCGCCAUCGCUGUGCCUUCCAACAGGCGCGAGGAAACGCUAUCGAGCAGUAUCCAGUCAUUAGUGACGGCUACAUCCACAAGCAAAAUGGCCUUGCAGGCCGGACAAAUUUUCGACACCUGGGUAUGGACGGGAAGCAAAUGGGCGCAUCGACAGCUGGAUGUACGUACAGUGGAAGACGAAACAAGCACGUUUCCUGCAGGCAAGCUGGAUGCUGUGAUAUGGACACCAAACGAUGCAGAACAAGAGAAUCCGGGUUCCCAAAACUUCCGGGGUACCGCUACAUUAGGAGGCCCAGAGGAAGGACUUGAUACACGACCAAGUCCUGAAAAGACGACAACAGGCACCGGUUUGCGGUCUAGGACAGGAGUACGGACGCCACCGCCAGCAAUUGCGAGCAAUGGAGCUGGUCUCCCCUCGCCCAGAGCAACAACUUCCCAUGAUCGUCCAGCGUCCCUAAUACUGACCGCAAGAACCGCACCGGUGUCAAACAAGGCUAUUGAGGAUUCGCCCUCGAGUUCUCCGCUAUCUAGUGACGGCCUGUAUCAAAGGGAGGAGCCUGACGAUUCCAAACGUGGCCACUCAAACGAUCGGCCUACAAUCUUCGGCGCUUCACCGUCACAGUCGGAAGCCAGGGAAGGUACAUGUCUUGCGGAUGAUGAUGAAGCAGGCGAGUUGCGAGUGAGUCACCUGCGAUCUCCAAACGAGCAGGGACCCAUCCGCCAUGAGUCAACAGCUGUUGAGAAAACUUCCCGUUCAACUGUUAUAUCGAAAACGGCGUCACUUUCUGCCCAGCAUGCUGAGGUCUCGCAGACAAACACCGACGAUGUCCAGGCUGGCAUCGCGGAGAAGCCUGAUGCUCACCUGCACAUGGAGCAUUUUCACUUAGGUGCCUCCUUGCCAGAAGCGGGCGUCCUUCAAAACAAAGCUAUUGAGCAGAUCAACGAUGAAGAAUUGAGCCCUGAGGCCCGGAAAGGAACAAUUGCACCCGUCACACAGAUGACGAACGGCGGGGAGUCAUGUUCUAUCGAUCCUUCGCGUUUGGCAGGAAUGGACCUGCAUGAUCACGUAGGUGACUUUCGUGUUCGAUAGCGACAGGCUGCUGCUAAUUACCAUUGCCUAGGUUUCGUUGGAAAGUCAUCUGGAUACGAAACUGAACGAUACGACAGAGGGUGUGGAAAAGCGGAAUGUGCGAGGUGGGACCUCCCCCCACAGGUUCCAUUCGGACCUGAAAC